AACACAUAAUUUUCUGUUCUCAUUAUAUCACAUAUACUACUAGUAUAUUAUCUUCUCUAUUUCUUUAUAUCUGUUACUGUCUAAAACAGGAACAACAUCCUAAGAAGAAGAAUAAGAAGAAGAUGAAGAUGGGUAGUUCCACCUUCACUCAUUUCUCCUACUCUUCUCCUUCUCUCUCCUCUCUAUUUCCAUCUAAAUCCACCUUUCAAUCUCUUCCUUCUACCCUUAUCUCCAAUCCUUUCCCUUCUAAAUUUCUCACUUCAUCACCAUGCUCUCUAAAAAAGAUCAAAGCCUUGGGAAUUCAGCAAACAGGAUUCACUCCAAGUGGAGACAACCUUGAUGCAGUCAAGAGUGGGAUUGUUCUCCAGAUGUUUGAAAGGGCAAUGCCAAUGGAACAACCACUUAUAACCAUUUUCACAAAACAAUCCGAGAUGACUGACUUUACAAUGGAAAAUCUUCAAGAUUGGAGAAGAUCAUCAAAAUGGGUUUUGCCAUUCUUGUUUGGACAAACCAUAUCAGUUAUUUCUCCUGGUGUUUCAUAUGCAAGCAACUCAGUGAAGAUAAAUGAGAUCUAUCAAGUCGGGGAGUUGUUUGACGUAGGAAUCCAACUAAUAUACUUGCUACUGCUGUUGGGUUUGCUAGGGGCUGGGACUUACUAUGUUAUUCGACAAGUUCUUGUCCGCAGAGAACUCGACCUUUCUGCUAAAGAGUUACAGGAGCAAGUCAGAAGCGGUGAUGCAAAUGCAACUGAGCUUUUUGAACUUGGUGCGGUGAUGCUGCGGAGAAAAUUUUACCCAGCUGCUACCAAGUUUUUGCUUCAAGCAAUUGAGAAAUGGGAUGGAGAAAGUCAGGAUCUUGCUCAGGUUUACAAUGCUCUUGGUGUCAGCUAUGUUCGUGACGGAAAGCUCGACAAAGGAAUUGCUCAGUUUGAGACAGCUGUGAAGCUUCAACCAGGCUAUGUUACAGCGUGGAACAAUCUUGGCGAUGCAUAUGAUAGUAAAAAAGAAUUUGGGUCUGCUCUGAAGGCAUUUGAAGAAGUCCUUCUAUUCGACCCUAACAACAAGAUUGCGCGGCCGAGGAGAGAUGCUUUGAAGGAACUUGUUGGAAUGUCCGAAGGAGUUACUGUCAAGUAUAGAGAGAAGAAAUGAUUGACAUUCUACCCACUCACACUAUAAAUAUGGCAUACUUGAAAUACACAGUUUUCAAUCAAUAUCUUGAUUAUGUUUGAAGGAAUUUUGGCUCUAUUGUUGUAUGAGGUAGCAUUUUUUUUCCUUGUUACACAGUAUUUUGGUAGAAUGAUUACAACAAAGGCAUGAACUCAUCAACUCAUGCUAAUUACUACUUAAUGCUAAUGGCAUGCAUAGUUGAGGUAAAGUAUUGUUGGGAAUGGUUGAAAAAAUGUAUUGACAUGUGAGACGUUUUCACGUUGUUAAAAUUAUUUUUUCACAAACUUGUUUAUAGAAAUUUUUGAUGUCCA